AUGGCUCGUUGGCAAAUGUUGUUGACUAAAUACGAUAUUACAUAUAUGAUGAGGAAAGCCAUCAAUAGGAGUUCUAUAGCAGAGUAUUUGGCUGAUAGAGCCAUUAAUGAUUACCAACCCAUGGAGUUUGACUUCCCGGAUCAAGAUAUUUAUUCAAUAAAUCAAGAAAAGGAGGAUAGUGUCAGGUGGAUGAUGCUAUUUAAUGGGGCGACCAAGGUAUGGGGGCAUGGAAUAGGGGCCGUACUUAUAUCACCAGAGGGUAAAUACUACCCGGUCACAGCCAAACUCACCUUUCCGUGUACCAACAAUGUAGCUGAGUAUGAAGCAUGCGUAUUAGGCUUACAAGCAGCUAUUGACCGAGGUAUUAAAAAAUUGACCGUAAAUGGAGAUUCAGCUCUGGAAUUUGAUACUAUCAGUUUUUCCCAUUUAGCGAGAGAAAGUAAUCUAAUCACUGAUGCGCUAGCAACAUUGGUGGCUUUAUUCAAGUUUGAGCUCGGAAUAGAGAUUGAACCCAUUCGAAUAAGGUUGCAUAGGGAGCCAGCAUAUUGUGUAAUAACAGAAGAAGCUGAUGGAGAGCCAAGGUUUCAUGAUAUUAAGACAUACAUUCAAGGGAAGGAGUACCCCAUAGGAGCCUCCAAUAACUACCAGAAGACGAUUAGGAGGCUAGCUAUGGGAUUCUUCUUAGACGGAGAAAUAUUGUAUAAAAGGAACCAUGAUAUGACCCUCCUACGAUGCAUAGAGUUGCAAGAGGCAAGACAAAUCAUGCAAGAAGUACACAAAGGUGUUUGUGGGACCUAUGCAGGAGGUCACUCGCUGGCCCAAAAAAUCCUAAGAAGUGGAUACUAUUAG